AUGGCACUGAAUAAUAUGAAAAAUAAGCUUUUUUGGUUGUCUGUAGCGGCUUUUCUUGUAGCGGUUGCUGCAUUUACUGCUUACGACGAUCAUUUUGAUGAUGAAGACUUUGAGGAAAAUAAUAAUGAGGAGAGGAAGGGGAAAAUAUUAUUCCCGUUUAUUAGUAUAGUGCGAUUCGCGAAUGUGGACUGCGCGAGUACUAACACGAUGAACGGCACGUGCCUUGCCCGUCGAGAGUGUCACAACUUGAAUGGUACCAUCACAGGUACAUGCGCCGGUAGGAGAGGACGCUGUUGCAUCGUUUCUCGCGCAUGUGGUACUUCGACAAACGUAAACAACACCUACUUUACAAGUCCAGGCUACCCAGCAGCAUAUGGUGGAGGUCAAUCAUGUAGUAUCAUCGUAAAUCGAUGCAACAACAAUGUUUGUCAGCUGCGCAUAGACUUAUUAGACAUGGUGCUCGCUCAACCAAAUGGAGACGGCAAUUGCAACACCGAUUCGCUUAUCAUAACCGGUGGCAACACCCUUGUGCCCGUACUCUGUGGGGACAAUACUGGACAAACUCUAUUCGUGGACUUUAACGGAAACGCAGCAAUCACUAUCACGGUAACCGCCACACUGGCAACGACGUUCACGAGGAGGUGGAACAUCAGGCUUACACAACUGGGCUGCGAUUGUCCGGGAAUAGCUCCAAACGGUUGUUUGCAAUACUACACGGGAGUUUCGGGAACUAUCAGAGGUUUCAACUAUGGAACUGCAGCCAACACUGCUCUCAGUGCCUCGUUGGUAACGGGAACCAGACAACUUGCAAAUUUGAAUUAUGGUAUAUGUAUUCGAAUGGAAGCAGGAUUCUGUCAAAUACAAUACGCACAAGCGGCUAAUGAUCCCUUUUCCUUCACACUCACUGGGGACGUGGAUGGAGCUGACAAUACAGUUUUAGGCACAGCCGUGGGUGCUGUCAACGGAGCGGCCUGCACCACGGACUUUGUGGUCAUACCUAACCCGGUGCUACCCGGUACUCUUACCCCUGUAAACACGGACAGAUUUUGCGGAUUGGGCUUCGUUUCCGUGCAAACCGGAGCCAAGCCGUUCGUGCUUUACGUAGUUACGGACACCAACGAAGGAGCUACUGCUAACUCGCCACCUGACGUGGCCAACCGAGGAUUCUCACUUACCUAUACAGAAAUCGCAUGCUAA